AGAUUUUGAAAAAGUGUUUUAAAACAUUCUUAACUAUUGACUAUAUUCAAAAAAUAUAUUAUUUCUGCAAUAAUCAAAAGAUUUAUUGGAAAAAAUGCCAUUUUAAUGAAACGUUCAUAAAUUUGCGCCAAAACGCGGUCACCGGUGUCAUGGCGUCGCUGUGACGUCACACCUCAGUAAACAGUCAAGCGUAUGUAUUGCAAACGUUAGAGCCGAACAACAAAUCCUUUAAUAAAUAUGAAUGCAAAAGUUUACAAGUGGUGUGCGGUCCCUCAAUGCACAAAUUCGUCACUAAAAACCCCUGACAAAGUGUUUGUGUAUGUUCCAAACGAGAAAACGAUGCGAUUUAAGUGGCUUACUCUUGCGCGGCGGGAUCCGAAAGCCAUUAAUGUUGAUUCUUCCAUUUAUUUUUGUGAAGAUCACUUUGACUUGCCAAAUGACAUGGAUAAUUAUAUGGAGUAUCACAUCAUGGGUUCUGUGGCAAAAAUUAGGAUGAAGCCAGGGUGUAUACCCACCAGGUUUGACUGCCAACCAGAUAGAAGAAAACGAGCCUCAGCUGAAACCAUCCACCGACCAUAUAUUACAAAAAAACAAAGACAAGAUAUUAUUCAAGAAUCUAUAAAAGAUCUGGAAGAGAAAAGUAUUAUAAACAAACCCUUAGAGCUAGAAGAGACAUCAGUUGGAAGUUCAGGUAGGAGGCAAGUGCAGGUUCACUGUAGGAGUUGGGGUGGACUGCUAGAAAUAUUAUAAAGUAAAUAUUAGUGUAUAUGUUUUUACCAAUAUACUCAAAAAGACAGGAUUGAUUUCUAAAAUCAACACACCACUAGAAUGCUAUUUUAAUGCUAAAUAACAAUAAAAUAAUAGGAUGUAAAAGAAAAACUAGAGUGCAGCUGUAAUUAUAUGUUUAUUUCUUUAUUCAUGGUAAUAUUGCAUAGUGAAAAUGUGUUUAUGUUUGUUAUUAUUAGGUAAUAAUUUUGAAAACUACUGAACUGAAUUUUUAAAACUUCUUUUACCAUUAGUAUAUUAUUCCUGUUCAAAAUAUAAAUCAAUUUCUUAUUCUGUUUAUGUAAAUUAGCAAUUCAAUUGUGCUGAUUAAACCAUUCUAUAGGUAGUUAUUUAUGUUACAGGUUAGGUACUAAAUGACUUAACUAUUUGAUAGCAAGGUACCUACACAACGUUAGAUUAUUACCUUGCAUUCUGUACCUAGAGUACCUCAUCUCAUUAUUUAAGAAUUACUUGAUAGUUAUUUUUCAUCUCUAUACUGACUUGUGCUAUUGGGUAUUUAAUUAAUGUGUUUUUUUUUCAGCUGUGCAUGGAGAUGAAGUUAUAGAAAAUAUUACACAGGAAAAAGAUAAGACAGCAAAUAAAUCAAUCCAAGUUUACAUGACACACAAAUUCAGAAGCAAAGCCGUUCAAUCUGGAGUUAAAAUUGUAAACCAGAUGACAUCACCAUUGAAACAGGAUCGCCAAUCUGUCUCUACAUCGCCAUUUAAGAUAACUAGAUGCACUUCCAAAAUCAAACCAACCACAUCAAACAUACACAUAAGUUCAAGAAAAAUAUUUGUAGAUGAAGCCCAGUCUGAUAGUGAUAUUUCGUAUACACCAUCGAUAAUGGAUGAAGGUACAUCACAAACUAUAUCUGUUCAAACAAAUUCAACUUCAGAUUGCAGUGAGUUGCUACAAGAUGAUAAACAGAAAGAGGCAGCUCUAAUGCUGCAGUGUACACUACUUAAAAUCAACAGAAAUCCUCGCUGUUAUAUAGGUGUUCCUAAAGACUGUCAUUAUUUAUUAGGUCUAAUCGAAGAAUACACAAAUAUUCCUCCAGUUCAUUUUC